AUGAAUUUAAUGCCUAGUCCAACAUACCACUAUAUUUCACCGUUGGCCAGAUCAAGAUCUGAAGCACGUGGAGCCAGAUCGGUGCGACGCUCAUAUUCAUUCAGCCCAGGAUCCGGUGCAUCAUCAUUUGGAAGUGGUGCACUGACCAUGCCACAGUAUGGAUACGGUGGUGGUUAUAUGUCCAAGUCAUUGUCACGAACCUCUUCAUCAUUAUUUGGACGCUCACUGUACAGCUCGGUGUUAACUCGAACACCACCGCUUCAUAGUGUUGGUUUACAACGUAGUACACCGCACUACACUGAUAAGUAUCCUUAUGUAAGAUAUUCAUAUGGAAGCACAGAUACUGGCCUUGGAAUUCUUACGCAAACUGAAUCGAUGGCAACUAGGGAUUAUAGUAUGCAAGAUAUGAGAACGAAACGAUGGUUGCAAGGUCGAUCAAACGCCUAUAGCACAGGAUUUACUGCAACGCCUAAUUAUACUGCACAUAUUGAGCGUCCAAUUACGCCUGUACGAAAUUAUGUACGAUAUAUGCCUAUAGAAGAUGCGGUGAAUAUGUAUAAGAAACGAUGUAUGACUGUUGGCACAUUAUCUAAAUACUGGUUAUCUCCAACAUGGCAAUCACGUCGAGAAAAAGAAUUAAACCUCACUUCAGCGUCUACUAGAGGCGAUUAUUUGUAUGCUUCACGAUAUUCUAAUCAUCCUACCUACUCUCGUGUUGCCAAUCGUCUUUAUACGAAUUACUAA